AUGGCUCAACUUGUGAAAUUAUCAAGACAAAACACUUUGUCUACUUUCAUGGCUUCAUAUAUUAUGUCUUGCCCAGGAGAAAAUUGUUCUGGACAUGGUGAAUGUAUGAAUGGAACUUGCUUAUGCGAGAUUCAAUAUGAUGGAGAAGAGUGUUUAACUCCAAACAUACCUUAUUAUGUGGGCUUUGCUACUGUUUUCUUCAUACUCGCAUUAGUAUGCAUGAUUCAGUUAAUUAUGUGCAUAGCAGCAGAAUAUCAUAAAAUGAAAUCGCCAUCAGUACUUAGGGCUUUUCGUAUAACAACUCAGAAACUUCUUUACUUUCUUGUAUUUCUCGCUGCUGUUAUAAGAGGAGCCUAUUUUACAAGCCCGACUGCUUUUCGAGAAGGAUGGUCAUCUAGUUUAAUGAGUGCUUAUUAUCCAUUAUUGCUUUCCGGCUCAUCUCUUCUGGUUUGCUUUUGGGCAGAAGUGUUUCAUUUGCAAGAUAAUCAUUGGGAAAGAAAUCAGUUCUUAAGCAAAUCCUUUUUAGGAUUUGUAACAUUUAAUAUAUUAACAUAUUCAUUACUCAUUGCUGAAUUUAUAAUGACCAAAAUUUCAAUGACCGCUGAAAAAAAACAGCAUAUUUUUAAUGGUUGCUACGCAGUUUUGCUAUUCAUUGUCGUUAUUUUCUUUUUGAUUUAUGGAGUUGAAGUUUAUUUUAAGGUUCGAGGAGGAUUUCUCGGGGAAUCCGUUACGAAUAUAUCAACCCGAACACCGACAAGCGAAAAAAAAGAACCGUCUCAGUCAAACAUAAUAACCGGUGUCGAUAUAUCUCAAUUAAAUCAAAGUCGUUUGGGUCUUCUUUCGCAAGCUUUUAUGCUUAUAAUUGUUGUCGGAUUUUUGUUCAGUGAAACUUUGGGUGAAUUUUGGAAAUACAAAGCUCCGAUUUAUACGAGAAAUUGGCACGAUAUUGCUUUUCGAAUAGUUGAAAUCGGUGUCGUUUUGUGGUUUCCUUGCGUUCUUUGGAAUUGUAUGUCACCGGAUCAACUUUGGAUUUUAAAUCCUAGAAAAUUAUUAAAGAAAUUGGAACAGCCGGCUUCGCAAUUAGAAUUUGAUAAAAAUAAAUGUGAUACUAUAUCCACUGAUGGCAGUGAAUCGAUUAAAGACUGUUGGAUUUGUUAUGACAUUGAGAGAACCGAUGCCGGACCUUUAAUUCAACCUUGUCUUUGUAGUGGUGACGUUUCCAGUGUUCAUCACGAUUGUUUAAGACGUUGGCUAGUUGAGAGCUCUUCUUCGUCUACGAAAGAACCCCUUGCUUGUAAAGUUUGUAAUAGUCCGUACGAAGUUGAAAGAACUCAAAAACUCAAUUGGCAAAACGGUUUCAAUUCUCAACAUUGGUUAAAAACGGCCGUUAUUGUGACUGUUAUGUGCGUCACAGGAGCAGGAGCUUGGGCUGCCAUCCAAGUUUUCACAGAUCAAUACAUACGAUUACUUUCUGCGAGUUUAGCUAUUUUAGUGUGGUAUAUUUGCGCCAGGUUUUUGGGAAUGAAUACCGUGGUCGCAUAUCACAGAGCUAAAGUAUCAGGUAUAAACAUUGUAGGUUCGGUACCGACCAUGAGCGCAGUUGUAGAAAGACAGAAAAUAGAACCAGUACGUACGCCAAAUUUAAAAUCUUCAUUGUAA